CCCAUUUCUGGUUAAAAAACUCUAAGUUACUGUAAAAUGUCUUCUCCAAAUGAAAAUUGGCAGACAACAAGACCAACUAUCUGUUCAAGAGUUAGUUAUAUGUUCAAUAACGAGCUUAUGAGUGAUGUUAGCUUUGUCGUUCCGGUAAAACUGGGCGAGGAUGGAAACAAGAAAAGCAAAAUGGAGAUCCCUGCUCACAAGUUUGUGCUAUCUAUCAGUAGUCCUGUUUUCUUUGCAAUGUUCUUUGGCGACUUGGCGGAUAACACACACUCUGUUUCCUUACCUGACUGUGAGUACAACAGUUUACUUGAACUGUUUCGCUUUUUGUACUGCGAGCAAGUCGAGUUAAACGAAGAUAAUGCCUUACAAGUUUUGUACUUGGCCAAAAAAUACAUUGUACCUUCGCUUGUUGAAAAAUGCAUUGAAUAUCUGAAACAAAACGCGAAUAUUUCAACUAUCUUUACCGUACUGGCCAACGCUGAAAAGUACGAGGAAGAAUAUCUUGCCAAGAGGUGUUGGGCAUUGAUUGACAGACAGACAAAAGAAGCCUUGGAAACUGAAGAUUUCUUAACUAUUGAGAGACAAUUGCUUGAGUCACUAGUUGUGAGAGAUUCUCUAAACGUCAAGGAAGUAGACUUGUUCACUGCAGUGGACCACUGGGCAACGAAAGAAUGUGAGCGAUUGAAUUUGAGUUGUGAUGGUACUUCAAAAAGGACUGUUCUUGGGGACAAAAUCGUUAAAGCAAUUCGUUUUCCACUCAUGAGCAGAGAUGAGUUUAAUGGCACAGUGCUUGGACAAAAAAUAUUAAAUGACAAGGAAACCUCUAGCAUUGAAGAAUAUUACAACUCUUCUUCCCUAGUUGAAUUCUCACAAGUUAAAAGGGAUGGCCUUCAGCUACAACGGUGUGGCCGUGGGUAUGAAUAUCGCACACCAGUAACUACACACGUGAUAAUGCAUCAUUUCAGGCGUAAAGAAUGUAUUUGUUUCUCGGCAGAUAGAGAUAUUGUCUUGCAUGGUGUUUGCAUGUAUGGAUCCAUAAACAAUAAGUACACAGUGUUCAUUGAAGUUAAACAAAAUUCCAGCCAUGGCCCUCUUGAGGCGACAAAAACAGGGGAAUAUGAUUCUAUACCGAUGAAGGAUGUAUUAGGAUUUCAAUGGGAUUCAACAGUUGUUCAUGGCUUUGAUAUCUUGUUUGACAUGCCAGUGCUCAUAAAGAAAGAUGCGUGGUAUCAUGUCCGCUGCCAUGAGGAAGCAGCUAAAGUUGGUCCAGUUAUUCAUUACAACCAACCCAUUGAUGAAGGCUUCCGUUAUGCCAAGUCUCCUGGUGUAACCAUAACCUUUACGAACCACAAGCCCAUAGAGGAAACUGAUUACGAGGAGCACAUUGCUCACCUUAUAUUCACUUUAGACUAAGAUCUAUUUAUUUAAGCUGUAUAAAGGGCCAUUAAAACAGACUCCUCCAGAACUGGUGCUCACGAUCAGUCUUAGAAUGCUGAAAUUUCUGAUCAGAACUCUAAAAGGAAAACAAACAGUUUGGGAAAACCUUAGUGAAGGGAAGUCAAAUACAUUUCCUUAAAAUGAAGCUACUGCAUGUAUCACGAUUUGUGUCAUCCAAGUAUAAUCCGUAUUUCACACUUAGUGCCAUUGAAGUUUUUCACAAUGUAAAUAUUGGCUAAGCAUUUGGGGGAACUUAAUUUUCAUACGUUGAUGUUUAUGUCAUUCAUUUAAGUUCAUUGAGCUUUGAUUUACAAACAGGGUUUUGAAGGAGUUUUGCAUCAUUGAUAUUUGAUUCUAGUAAAAUUGAAUCUAGUAAAAUUUUUAAUCAACCCCA